GCAGCAGCAGCAGCAGCAGCAGAAGAGAAGAAGAAGAGACGAAGAGAAGAAGAAGAAGAAGAAGAAGAAGAAGAAGAAGAAGAGAGGCCAACGUCCUGUUCAGUAGUUAGCUUCUGCUCAGUUGACUCCCGAGUUUCACGGCUAUGAUUGACAGAGUCAGCAGAGGUUUACACGGGCAUGUCCGCACACUCGCUCGGUUGUUAUCGUAACAGAAAGAUCUGCAGCAUGGCGAGCGGAGAAAGAGCCCCGGGUUCUCACAGAAGAACAAGAGCGCCAUGUAUCGGAUUAUUGAGGAUGUUAUUUAUUGCUUUUAUUCAAACGACGCGGGCCAAUAAUCAAGCAUUCAUUCAGUCGGACACAAUUCUAGAAGUUUUACAUUUUGAUGAGGGAAGACUUUUACAGGCGGAGUCUGACAUUGAUUUUAGUUUAUAUCAUCAACAAAGCACGUCCCCGCACCGUGGGAACUGCCGACCUAUACGCUUCGAACCCCCAAUGUUGGACUUUCACGAACAGCCCGUUGGGAUGCCAAAAAUGGAGAAAGUUUAUUUACAUAAUCCUAGCUCAGAACAAAUUAGUUUGAUAUCAAUAUCGGCAACAACAGCACAUUUUCACGCAUCCUUUUUCCAGAAUAGGAUAAUUCCACCUGGAGGAAACACGUCAUUUGAUGUUGUGUUUCUCGCUCGAGUAGUUGGGAAUGUAGAAAACACUUUAUUUAUUAAUACGUCACAUCAUGGAGUGUUCACAUACCAGGUUUUUGGGGUCGGGAUCCCAAACCCCUACAGACUGCGGCCCUUCAUUGGGGCUCGAGUUCCUGUAAACAGCAGCUUCUCACCUCUCAUACACAUCCACAACCCGUACAGUGAACCACUGCAGGUUGUUGAGAUGUACUCCAGUGGUGGAGAUCUACAUCUAGAGCUCCCCACGGGUCAACAGGGAGGCACUGGGAAAUUAUGGGAGAUCCCCCCUUUUGAGACGAAAGGGGUGAUGAGAGCCAGCUUCUCGUCCAGAGAUGUGGACAACCACACGGCUUUCAUCCGGAUCAAAACCAACGCCCCCAACGAGGACCAGUUCAUCAUCCUCCCCGUAGAGGUGGAAGUCACAUCAGCCCCUGGUAUAUACUCCUCCACAGAGAUGCUCGACUUUGGUACACUGCGAUCACAAGAUCGUCCCAAACUGCUCAAUCUACACCUUUUAAACUCGGGAACAAAAGAUGUUCCGAUCACAAGUGUUCGUACAACACCAUCAAACGAAGCAGUCACGAUAGAUUUCAAAGCAGUCACUCUGAAGGCUGGAGAGAGCAGAUAUACCAAAGUUGCAAGUAUUAGUUUCGAUGCCUCAAAAGCAAGAAGACCAUUUCAGUUCGCUGGUAAAAUAACAGUUAAAGCAAAAGAAAAGAGUUACUCCAAGCUCGAAAUCCCAUACCAGGCGGAAGUUUUAGAAGGCUACUUGGGCUUCGACCACACAGCUACACUGUUCCACAUCAGGGACAGUCCUGUGGACCCAGUGGACAGACCCAUCUUCCUCACAAACGCCUUCAGCUUUGCCAUCCGGAUACACAACGUGUCCCUGCCCGAAGAGGCCAAAACCAUGUUUAAUGUGCAGAACUUCAGCGCUCCCAUCGUUAUUCCCCCACAUGAGUCACGCUACAUCUUCUCCCUCCUCUUCCGGCCAGUCCGACCCUCCAUCCACAUCGACAGCAACAUCCUGCUCAUCACAAACGCAUCAAAGUUUCACCUGCCGGUCCGGGCCUACACGGGCUUCUUAGAGCCACUGGUCCUGCCUCCCAGUCUGAAGGAGAACCUCCUGGACUUUGGUGUUCGCAGUGCAACACACACCAGCAGCAUCAUAUUUGUGGUGGUUAACAGUAAUCCCAUAGAGCUGGAGAUCAAGUCCUGGCUGGUCACAGGAGACAGUCUGUCCAUGGAGCUGCUGAAGACGGAGAGAGGAAAUACAACAGUGGCUCUGAGUCGCCUGCGAGAGCUGCAGAACACUUCAGCCUCUCAUCACAAAACAGUGAUAUUAGCAUCAGGCUAUUACGCAGCAUUCAGAGUGACGCUUGUGGCCAAGGCUCUUGAGGGCACGUACGACGGAGCCGUGCACAUAACCACAGAUUAUGAGAUAUUAACCAUCCCAGUGAAAGCUCUCGUAGCAGUGGGUACAUUAAACAGCUCCCCCAAACACAUCGUUUUACCGCCGUCAUUUCCCGGAAAAGUUGUUCAUCAAAGCUACAGCAUACAGAGCUCCUUCACACAAAAAGUGAGGCUCCAGCAGAUCCGCUCCCUGACAGAAGAUAUACGCUUCUAUUACAAACGGCUCCGCAACAACAAAGACGAGCUGGAGCCCAGGCGUAAAUCUAAGGUGGCAAAUAUUUAUUUUGACGCCAGCUUGCAGUGUGGUGAUCACUGUUAUGUGGGGCUGCCAUUUGUGCUUAAAUCUGAGUCUAAGCCUCACGGGCUGGCCUUACAGGAGGAUAUCUGGGACGCUGAUGUCGAUCUCCACCAGAAACUCCUCAGGCGAUGGAAAGAGCUCAAAGAGCGCUCGGGCCACAAGGUUGAAGCUGUCUUUGAAGUCAACACGGACCUUCAGAAGAACGUACAAGCUAAAAUAACGGCGCACUUGACGUGGCCGUCGGUGGUCAACUCCUCCCAACGAAUUACUUUCCCCCUUACCAACACAAACAGCUCCUCUGAUGAGGAAGUGAUCCUGCAGAAUCCUGCUGACGUCCUCGUCUACGUCCAAGUUCUCCCCUUGGCCCUGUUACCCAACCCCUCAGUGUUUUCUGGAAAACUGGCCGACAGGUUGCCGUUAGGAAAUCUGUCCAACAUCAACAUCGACACAAACACCUUAGAGUUUCAGGUUCACAGAAAUCAGACGUCACUAAUGAAGAGCAGUACAGGCUUCGUGGAGGGAUCAACCAGACCUUUUGUGUACAACCUCCUCCUGCUGCCCGGAGAAGUCAAGUCAUUCAACGUGAGGUUCACUCCCAUCAGCAACCACAGUGUCUCCUCCCUCCUCAUCGUCAGGAACAACCUCACUGUGAUCGACACAAUCGUACUUCACGGCCGAGGUACGACAGAGAGCCUGAAAGUUGCAGGGAAGCCUCCGGGACAAGGGAGCUCGCUGAGGUUCAAGAUGACCGAGGCUCUGCUCAAAGACUGCACAGAGAAGACAAAAGUCAAAGAGCCAAACUUCACCCUGAAGAGAACCUUCCGAGUGGAGAACACAGGCCUGCUCCCGAUCACCAUCAGAUCAGCAGAGAUCAACGGACAAGCCUGUGAAGGAUACGGAUUCAAAGUUCUCAACUGUCAAGAAUUUGCACUUAAGCCAAACACUUCAAAAGACCUCAUUAUACUGUUUACACCGGACUUCACGUCAUCUCGAGUGAUCCGGGAGCUCAAAUUAGUGACAUGUGGAGGCUCUGAGUUCGUGUUUGUCCUGAACGCCUCCUUGCCUUACCACAUGUUAGCUGCGUGUGCAGAGAGCCUGCCCAGACCGAGCUGGGAGCUGGAGCUCUACAUCAUCGUGUCUCUCAUUAUGAGUUUUAUGUUCCUGUUGGUGAUUGCCACGGCCUACCUGGAGGCUCAGAGCAUAUGGGAGCCUUUCAAGAGACGUGUGUCGGUGGAAUCCAACUCCAGCUUGGAGACUGGGAGACCGUUUAAUCUCAGGGAAAUUGUGCAAAUUCACAGUGAUUCAAAGUUGAAUGAUUUCAGCGACUCAACCCAGAACUCCAGAGUUUAUACGUCCAGCAAUGGAGCAGCUCGGAUCGGAGGCCGACAAGGCAACAGCCGCACCUUAUCCGACUCAGACAGCCAAGAUAAGAGGUCCAGGAUCGGCUUCACCCGCUCAUCUAUGCAAGCUACUUCCUCCCAGCCGACCAAAGGAAGCACAGCCUCAGGCCAAGAGGGCCCGCCGGCCGCCUGUCAGCUCACCAACAGGAAGGCUCGGAGUACAAAACAACUGGAUCUCCACGGCCAAAGUUUAACUGGGUCGUCGUUGCCUCACAGAGGCCUCGGGCCUGAGGAUGCAGAAUAUGCCAACCUGAUAGGAGCCAUGGACAACGACCUCGACCGUCCAGAGUCCAUCAGUGCCGAGACCCUACAGGAUCAGAGCUCUCAGUCUAUACAAAACAAAGUGUUGGAAUCCAAAGGGAAGCUGCGGGGUAAAGCUAAAGCCCAGAGGAAGAAGGAAGAGAAAGAGAAAAAAUCCACAGUAAAGAUUCAGGGAGACGAGCUUAAAGACAACCUGGCCGACAACGACGACAGCUCCUCCACCACGACAGAGACCUCCAAUCCAGACGUGGAGACGAACAUCAAAGAGGAGCCAGUGAAAAAGAAAGGAAGAACAGUAACCACAGGAAAAAUCAAAGAAGAACCUUCAAGUUUCCUCAUCAAACCCAAAACCAAGAAACCAGUAACGACAAAGAAAGAAAACCAAGCAGAAAAGUCCAGUUCUCUGGAGCUGCCAUACGUAACACCGCUGGAGAACAAACAACGCAAGAGCUUCACAUCCAAAGCUCUCUACCCUCUCACCAACAUCCCAAAGACGAGACCUGUGCAGAAACAGAGAUUAGAUGGAAAGCUGGAGGACGGGCGCCCCUCUCUGUUGGCCAAACUGCUGUCCAGCGGCUCGGUUCCAGAGCUGGGCCACAGCAGCAGCUCUGAGGGGGAGAAGGAGUUUCCGUCUCCAGAGUGGGACGUGCCGCUCUCCAAAAACAGCAUCCAAGCUGAUAGUCUUCAGCAGAUCUCCCUCCAGACGUUAAACGCAGACCCUUUCCUGAAGAGGUCCGUCACAGCCGGGACCUGCUCGCCUCCACCCACCUCCCCGAGCCUGCUGUCCCGAGGCUCCUACAGCAGUGUGGUCAACAGUCACAGUGAGGUAAUCCAGAAGAAGGCCCCAGGAAACAAGUUGUCUGCAGCCACUCCGCUACCGGGCAAAAACGGGAACCCCACGUUUGCUGCUGUAGCUGCUGGUUACGAUAAAAGCCCGGGUGGCUCUGGUCCGGGUAAAUCUGACCAGGGAAAGGGUCUGCCACACAUGCCCUCAGUGGAGAGUGACAGCUCUGACAGCUCUGGAUUAUGGAGUCCCAUCGACACGGCCAGCAGUCCAAACUACCAUCCAGCAAACUCAUUCUCUGCUUUCGGACCCAACAACUCCUUCAACCUGACUGGAGUUUUCACUGGAAUGAAUCUCCCAAAGUCAUCGGAGCCUCAGCAGAGCUGGCCUGAGUUCACCCCCCCAUCCUCGUCCAUCUGGGACAUACCGAGCAACGACUCUCUGCACCACUGGCCCAGCAGCUCCAGCUCCCCGACUGCCCCAACUUCAUCACUCCUGGGAAACGGCCGCAACCCCUGGUCUGCCACGACGCCCUUCGGGAGCUCGAUCUGGUCAACAAGCGCAGAUUCGGCCUUACACCCUUUUUCCCCGACGACCAACUCGACGCCACUGACCGACCUGGUCAGCAGCCCCGCCCCGUCGCCACCGGCCUCCACCGAGAUGAGUCGCACCUACAACCCGUGGAGCAUGUGGCGCCCGACCCUGAGCAGACGCAGCUCUGAGCCCUGGCCGAGCUCCUCUGACAACGGCAAUUAAACCGCACGUGACUGCACUUAACAGAGGCGCGUCAAGGAUUCGACGUUCUCUGUGCGCUAAAUGAAAUUAUUUUAUAAUCAGAGAAUCCCAACAGAAAGCAAUGUUACCUGAAGUGUAAUGAGUUUGGUAGCCCGGUGCUGUGGGUUACCAACCCCGCAAUUUAGUUCUCCGCCGCUUUUUAUUCAUUUGGGGGCAGAAAUGCUAACUUUUUAUUUGGAUUUGUUUUAACAGGUGCCCCUCAACUGAAAAUGUCUAAAGCAUGGUAUGUUGAUGCCAGUGCAGACAUUGUGUUGUUAUAGAAAGGCUGGUCGUGACGCGCCCCCCUCCCCUCAAAGUUUGGUACAUGGCAGAAUCUUUCAUGUUCAGUAUUAAUGUUGGAACAGACAUCUUAUCUUAAGCCAUGUGUUUUUUCUCGAUCAUUUCCGUUUCUUAUUGGAUCUUAUUGGUUUUCUUAAAAAAAAAAAAAAAAAAGUCUGACAAAUCAAAUUUGGAGUUAAAUCGGUGCGCUAGGCUUUUUAUUUGGCAGCAGGGAUAUUUCAUUAUCUGACAUGCGAUUCUUCAGAACACCAAAAGGCCCCAAAACAAAAAAAAAACUUGAACACGAACGUUCACGUUUGCCCAUGUUAGAGCGGGCUCGGUCCGAAAAAUAUCAAAGCCUUCUGUGAGAAUAAAUUGGUCAGGUGAUCAUAGAACACUUACGUUUGAGGUUUGUAUUUGUACAUCGCCUCUGUUUGUCAGCCAAUUUAAAUAAAGGACUUCAGCAAGA